AUGAGGUUCAAAUUCAAAGAGGAGCAUACGUUUGAGCACAGGAAACUGGAGUCUGGAAAAAUUCGCACAAAGUAUCCUGAGCGCAUUCCGGUGAUUGUGGAAAAGGACCCCAAGUCACAGAUUGCAAGCAUCGACAAAAGAAAGUUCCUGGUACCCAAUGAUAUUUCUGUUGCUCAGUUUAUGUGGAUUAUUCGCAAACGAAUUCAGCUUCCAUCCGAAAAGGCCAUCUUUUUAUUUGUUGGGAAAGUUCUUCCGCAAUCGAGUGCAAGCAUGGGUCAAAUCUACGAAGACCAUGCAGAUGAAGACGGGUUUCUGUACAUUGCAUAUAGUGGAGAAAACACCUUUGGCAAGAACGAAAGCAUGCAGCUCUUGUAG